CGUUUUUUAUUAGGGUUCGGUUUUUGCCUGAUGAUUAUUCUUGAUUGAUAAUUUAUCUGGAUUUGGAUUCAUAUUUUCAUUCAUCGUUGUUUUGUAACGAUAAAUGCUUAAUUCAAGAAUGUUAUAGUUUGAUAUACGCUUAAACAGUUUAAAGAAUAUAAUUUUGUAUAUAAGUUUUUUUUCAUUCAUGGUGUUGAAUUCUGAUUUAUCCAAAAAAAGGGGCGAAAUUCUUCAAUUCAUUCUGCUUGUUCACUCAUAUUAUAUACCAAUAAAUCGUCAUAAUCAUCGAUAAUCAAAAUCUAUUCAAAUCAAUCAAACAAAAAUGGAUCUGCCUAUGAUGGUUAAUCAGCCGGUUGUGAUUGACAAUGGAUCAGGUGUCAUCAAAGCCGGUUUUGCUGGUGAUUCAAUUCCUAAAUGUAUAUUCCUUAAUCUUGUUGGUCGUCCUAAACAUAUUCGUGUGAUGGCUGGUGCUCUUGAGGGUGAUUUUUUUAUUGGAAGACGAGCGGAAGAACAUCGUGGUUUAUUAUCCAUAAAAUAUCCAAUGGAACAUGGUAUCGUUACCGAUUGGAAUGAAAUGGAAAAGAUAUGGCAUUAUAUUUAUUCAAAAGAACAGCUGCAAACAUUUUCGGAAGAACAUCCAGUCCUAUUGACAGAGGCACCAAUAAAUCCAAGACAGAAUCGUGAACGAACGGCAGAAAUUUUUUUCGAAACAUUCAAUGUGCCGGCAUUGUUCAUAUCAAUACAGGCAGUGUUAAGUUUAUAUGCAACUGGUCGAACUACAGGUAUUGUUUUGGAUUCCGGUGAUGGUGUGACACAAGCGGUGCCUAUUUAUGAAGGAUUUGCCCUACCACUUUCGAUAACCCGAUCAGAUGUGGCGGGUCGUGAUGUAACUAGACAUUUGAAAUUAUUACUCCGUAAAGAAGGUCUCGUAUUCAAUACGACGGCUGAAUUCGAAGUGGUCAAAACUAUCAAAGAGAAAAUCUGUUUUCUAACCAGCAAUCAACAACGAACAUACGAUGAUCGAACUGUACCCGGUGGUACUGGUGAAUUAGAGAAUACUUCAUAUGUAUUACCAGAUGGUCGAACAGUGGAAAUUGGUGUAUUGCCACGACUUAGAGCGCCCGAAAUUCUAUUUCGACCCAGUAUCAUUGGUCAUGAAUUCGAGGGCGUUCAUGAGAUACUUAUAUCUAGUAUCGAAAAAGCCGAUAUAGAUUUGAGAAAAAUUUUCUACCAAAAUAUUGUAUUAAGCGGUGGUAGUACGCUAUUCAAAGGAUUCGGCGAUCGUCUCCUGAAUGAAGUGAGGAAGAUUGGUCCAAAAGAUCUUAAAAUUCGUAUCAGUGCUCCACAAGAACGGCUAUAUUCAACAUGGAUCGGUGGUUCUAUAUUGGCCAGUUUGGAAUCAUUCAAACGAAUGUGGAUCUCAAGAAAAGAAUAUGAUGAAGAAGGCCUAAGAAUUGUUCAGAAGAAAACACGACGAGGUUUAGGCGUUGGUGCCAUUCAUCGGCAGCAGAAAAUUGAUGCCAAAUAUCAGGAGAUGAGUGCAACCAUAGCCAAAGAACAGUUGGAAAAACUGUCACAACAAUUCGAAUCAUUUCGUGGUAAACUUCAGGAUUUUGCCGUCAGCCAUAAAAAGGACAUCAAAAAGAAUCCAAAUUUUCGUCGUGCAUUUCAGAAAAUGUGUGCCAACAUUGGUGUCGAUCCACUAUAUUCAAGUACGAAUUUUUUCACCAAAAUGCUUGGCGUUGGUGAUAUCUAUUAUGAAUUGGCCGUCCAGAUAACUGAGAUUUGUGUGGCCUUAAAUCAUCGAACUGGUGGUAUGAUGGAAAUCGAGGAAUUAUACAAACGAUUGAUAAAAACACGAAGUGUAACAAGUAAAUCGGAUGCUGAUAUUGUUCAAGAAGAUGUUGUGAAAGCCAUCGAAAAAAUGUCAACAUUGGGCACUGGAAUACAGCUGGUUAAAUGUCGUAAUACAUAUGUGGUACAAUCAUUAUCAAGUGAAUUAAAUAUGGAUCAAAAUGAAGUGGUCAAAUUGGCUCAAGAAAAUGAUGGUCAUGUUACGGUGAAAGAUCUGAUGGAUAAACUUGGUUGGCAAAGAAACCGAGCGGAAAAAGCUUUGAAUGAUUUAACAAUGGAUGCUAUUGUUUGGCUUGAUGAACCUGGAUCGGCACGAUCAUCAACUAUUUAUUGGUUUCCAGGCUUUUAUAAAUUAUAGAAACUUCAUUUCAUCAUUGUUUAUUGGACAAAAAAAAUUUAAAUUUCGUCAAGUGCUUUAUAAAGAGAAUAUGAAUAUGAAUAUGAAUAUAUGAAGAUGAAUCAAA